AAGCGUGGCGGUUUUUGAAUUUUUUCAACAAUCGGGCGCGUGGAAGAGAGUGGCGUGAACAGUUUUUCCUCCGUGAAGAUGGAUUUAGACUCCAUGAAGUAUGCAGACCUGCAGCAGCUCGCCAAGAGCGUUGGUUUAAAAGCUAACGUGAAGGCUGAUAAGCUGCUGAAGGCGCUGAAGAGGUAUUUUGAACAGAAAGAGAGCUCGGAGAAUGAUGAUGCAAAGUCGCCUGGAGAGGAGGAGGACGGAGAUAAAAGGAGCUCCGAGAGGAGGAAGGUGUCAUCGGCUAAGGACACAGAAACUCCAGCUCCUGAGAAGAAACCCGAGUCUGCUGACGAUGAUGCUGUCGCUGAGGAGAGCGAUAAAGAUGUGGUUAAGAAGACUGGCGGAAAAAUCCCUCGUCACGAGGGUCUGAUGAAGAAGAAAGCAGCUCUGAGGCCGACCACGCCGAGAGCGGCGUUCUUGUUAGUGUGCACUUCAGACUUCCUGGCCGGAGUGGGAGUGAGAGGAAGCAUGGGAGACAUGCGGGCCGGAGUCUUCACCAGAGAGCGCUUGUGCUCGUUGUCCUGCGUCGUUUUGGAAAACCUAAGGAAAAAAAACACCGACACAUACUUCAGCUCAUCACAUCAGCAGGCAGUAUCAACACCAGUAACACCCAUAAUGCCCCAGCUCACGGCAUGCUCCUGACCUGACGUUGAUUUUGUUGGCUGAGAGGACAGUCAGCCUGAAGGGGGCGCUGUCCUUCAUCGCUGGCUUGCCAGCGGGAGCCUGAGUGACCCUGCGCUUCUCCGCGUUCUUCUCCACUUUCUUCUCCGGCAUUCCCGGGCUGAACAGCGAGCAACAUUUACCAUCGACGAUUCGAGACCCAGGAACAUUUUUUUUUUUUUUUAUUUAAAGAGUGUGUGCUGAGAAAAGUGAAGAAACUGCACUCACAGCACGAGUCUUGGUGUCCGCUGACUUCUUGAUACCGUUUUCUGACUGAGCCUGAAAUAACACCACGCUUAGUUAGGAAUAAAACCACUCCGCGUUGUGCUGUUAUAGGAAAGUAAUCAGUGAUGGCGUGGUGUGAUGCGGUGGAGUUCCUGUAACAUAUACUUUUACCAUGUACUUUUUAUCCAUAUAUAGUUACAUUAAUGUCGCAUAAAGAGAAGAGGAGCCCAAAGUGAAUAAUGAAGAAUAAUAAACCUUCAGGUCCUUCACCGAGGCCCUGAGCACCUCCAUCUGCUUGUUCCUCCUCUGCAGGUAGGAAUCGAUGGACUCCAUCUUGUUGAAGUGUGCCUCAUGGAGUUUCUUGAAGUCUAGAGAAGGUUUAACACCAUUAGCUGUAGCACUUUUUUUUCCACACCCAUCUAUUUGUAUAUAGACCUGUCAUGAUGGAGGAAUGCAUUUUAUUGUUGUGGAAAAACAUUGUCGUCGAAGUUUAAGCUUUUUUAAUUUACUAUUAAACAGAAGUUGUGUGUUUUUUGUA